UUCUCCUGUUCCCGCAGGUCUUCCGGAAGCCAGCCCAGGCAAAGGCAGCAGGCCUCUUUCUCCUGGUGGUUGGUGCGUGGCAGUGGCAGUGGCAGCGGGAGCUGGGAGCCCCAGCCCCGCUGCAGGCCCCGCCAUGGCGCCAUUCCUGCGCAUCGCCUUCAACUCCUACGAGCUGGGCUCCCUGCAGGCCGAGGACGAGGCAAACCAGCCCUUCUGCGCUGUGAAGAUGAAGGAGGCUCUCAGCACAGAGCGCGGGAAGACGCUGGUGCAGAAGAAGCCGACCAUGUAUCCCGAGUGGAAGUCGACGUUUGAUGCUCACAUCUACGAGGGCCGCGUCAUCCAGAUUGUGCUGAUGCGGGCGGCCGAGGAGCCGGUGUCCGAGGUGACAGUGGGCGUGUCGGUGCUGGCUGAGCGCUGCAAGAAGAAUAAUGGCAAGGCCGAGUUCUGGCUGGACCUGCAGCCCCAGGCCAAGGUGUUGAUGUCUGUGCAGUAUUUCCUGGAGGACGUGGAUUGCAAACAGUCCCUGCGUGGCGAGGACGAGGCCAAGUUCCCAACGAUGAACCGCCGUGGAGCCAUCAAACAGGCCAAAAUUCACUACAUCAAGAACCACGAGUUCAUUGCCACCUUCUUCGGGCAGCCCACCUUCUGUUCCGUGUGUAAAGAUUUCGUCUGGGGUCUCAACAAGCAAGGCUACAAGUGCAGGCAAUGCAACGCUGCCAUCCACAAGAAAUGCAUUGACAAGAUCAUCGGCCGGUGCACUGGCACUGCGGCCAACAGCCGGGACACCAUAUUCCAGAAGGAGCGCUUCAACAUCGACAUGCCUCACCGCUUCCGGGUCCACAACUACAUGAGCCCCACCUUCUGCGACCACUGCGGCAGCCUGCUAUGGGGGCUGGUGAAGCAGGGACAGAAGUGUGAAGACUGUGGCAUGAACGUGCACCACAAAUGCCGGGAGAAGGUGGCCAACCUCUGUGGCAUCAACCAGAAGCUCUUGGCUGAAGCCUUGAACCAAGUCACUCAGAGGUCCUCCCGGAAGUCAGAAUCAAAUACCACAGAGCCUGUAGGAAUAUACCAAACUUUCGAGAAGAAGCCAGGAGUCUCUGGAGAUGACGCCCCAGCAGACAACAGCGGCACCUAUGGCAGGAUCUGGGAAGGCAGCAGCAGGUGUGACAUCGACAACUUCGUCCUCCACAAGGUCCUGGGCAAGGGCAGCUUCGGGAAGGUGCUGCUUGCAGAGCUGAAGGGCAAGGGGGAGUACUUUGCCAUCAAGGUCCUCAAGAAGGACGUGGUUCUGAUUGACGACGACGUGGAGUGCACCAUGGUGGAGAAGCGGGUGCUGGCGCUCGCCUGGGAGAAUCCCUUUCUCACCCACCUCUUCUGCACCUUCCAGACCAAGGACCACCUGUUCUUCGUGAUGGAGUUCCACAACGGGGGCGACCUGAUGUACCACAUUCAAGACAAAGGCCGCUUUGAACUCUACCGUGCCACGUUUUAUGCAGCCGAGAUCAUCUGUGGGUUGCAGUUUCUACACAGCAAAGGCAUCAUCUACAGGGACCUCAAACUGGACAACGUGAUGCUGGACCGGAACGGCCACAUCAAGAUCGCCGAUUUCGGGAUGUGCAAAGAGAACAUAUUCGGAGAGAACCGGGCCAGCACCUUCUGCGGCACCCCCGACUACAUCGCCCCCGAGAUCCUGCAGGGCCUGAAGUACACCUUCUCCGUGGACUGGUGGUCCUUCGGGGUCCUUCUCUACGAGAUGCUCAUUGGCCAGUCCCCCUUCCAUGGGGAUGAUGAGGAUGAGCUCUUCGAGUCCAUCCGCGUGGACACACCACACUACCCCCGCUGGAUCACCAAGGAGUCCAAGGACAUCCUGGAGAAGUUAUUUGAAAGGGAACCAACCAAGAGGCUGGGAGUAACAGGAAACAUCAGAAUCCACCCCUUCUUCAAGACCAUCAACUGGGCUCUGCUGGAGAAGCAGAAGGUGGAGCCACCCUUCAAGCCGAAAGUGAAAUCCCUGGGAGAUUACAACAACUUCGACCAGGAGUUCCUGAGCGAGAAGCCCCGCCUUUCCUUUAGCGACAAGAACCUCAUCGACUCCAUGGACCAGACAGCGUUCGCUGGCUUCUCCUUUGUGAACCCCAAGUUCGAGCACCUCCUGGAAAAGUGAGGUUCCAGACAUGCCCUCGACCCGCCCCAGACAGAGCAGGCGGGGCCCUCCCCCACUGCAUGUGCACCUGCCGCUCCCCGCAGCGAGCAGCAGUGUGACUACCAUUACUGCUGCUGCCCCGCGCUCAGGGGGCCUGGGCUCCCAGCAGCUGGGCCUUCCGGUACUUCCUCUGUGAGCUGUGUGUGAACUUGCCUUCCUUCUGCCCUCAGAGGGAACUUGUAAAUCCUGUGUUUCAGUACUUGAAUGUAGUUAUCUAUUGAAAAUAUAUAUUAUAUAUAUAUUCAGGUAUAUAUAUAUAUAAAA